CCACUUCGUGCAAGAUACAAUGUGAAAUCUUCACAUACAGUGUACCAGAGUUAGCCUUCAACGAGACGCAACGUGCUGUCAUCCCAGCCAGUAGUUAUAUUAUCUACGUGUUUCUUUUCUAGAUAGUAACACAGUAAUUCAUUUCCAUCAAUAAAUAAGUUAAAAGUUCGUGAGUUGGCUUCAUUUAUUAUAUACACAACCAGCUUAGAUCACCGACUACGCAAUGAUGGUCUUUAAAAACAUACACUAGCAAGUCACCACUACAACAAAGAUAGCAAAUUCCCACUACAUGACACCACAAAUUUCACAAUCACAUCUUUUUUUUCUUCCACGGGAAUACGUUUAUAGGAAAAUUAAAUUACUGCAACGAGAUAAAGUUUUAUCACAGAUAACAUGGCCGUAUGGUUUCUCUAUCUCUGUGAUUAUCUUUGAGGCAAGAUAGCUCACUAUUACUUAAAAAUGCUUUAUCUCAGACGUCGCACUCACAGAAUUUUCUUUCUCUGUAGAUAUAUUUGUGACGAGAAAGCCCAUUCUUGCAAAUAAAGGCCUUUACUACACGCAUCACGUCCGCAUGAAUACGUUUGUGGUGAGACCUCACUAUUGCCAGAAAAAUGUCUUACCACAAACAUCAAAAUGGUAUUGUUUUUCUUCUGUACGAAUACAUUUCUGAGAAGAUGAAUUAUACCCACUAGAGAAUGCCUUAUCAAAGUGUUAUAGUUUUUCUCCAUUGUGAAUACAUUUACGACUGGAUGAUUAGCUGAGAAAACGUCUUACAUGGUACGAUAUUUAUCUAACAUUUCAAGUGACACCUGUCAUCCUUUCAUCAAAGAGAAGAAAAGAUAAAUUUUCAGAUUAACACGCACGAUUUUCACUGGGGCUUUUGGGGUUAGGGGGUUAGUGUUAAGGUUAGGGAAUUCCGUCCGUAACCUUAACCCUAAAACUAAACCUAAAACCCUAACACCCUAGUGAAAAUCGUGCGGGUGUUAAUCUGAAAAUUUACCAAAGCAAAAAUAUUGAGAGAAAAGAAAAAGAGGGAAAAUAUGCACUUCAAAAAAAUUUUUUAAUGAUGGGAUGGUUACGGAUGUAACAAUUUUAUAAGUAGAUAGUCACGGUUGGAAUGUCUUCAAAUAAAGAAAGGCAUUUGCAAAAGACGCACAUUGCGCGUUUCAGUUGUAAGUAUCUCGUGAGCGUCCGCAUCCGAUUUUGGUCGUCGGCGCAUGCGCGGAUAAUCAGGACGUGUUGUUUUCCAUUUUGAAAAUUUGUUUGUUUUUUGUCGCUCUUUUCUCUGGGAUUUCGUAUUUGUUGUCCCUGCCAGCAUUUUUGGCAUAUUUUGCUUUCAAUGAAGACUUAUGAGGUUAACUGAUGUCCAGCUUUGUGGUGAAUUGCUACACAAACACAUUGAUAUUGAACUUCUGUAUUCAUUUUGAUGCUGGGAAGAAAUUGAAGAAGUGAAAGUUGGAGCGAAGAGUUCUGUGCCAAUCUGCGAUGUUUAUGGAUGAUAUGAUACCUCAUGGCAUGGACUUAAAAAAACAUUUACACUUAAUAUAUAUCAACAUAACUGUAAAGGACUAUACCAGGAGUAAAACUAACUUUAACAAAAUUCUUUGAUUGAUAUAAAGAGAUAUAUUUCUUUUGACCUGAAAUUAAUUAUGAAUCAUAUUUAUUAACUGGAAGUAUGUGUAAAAGGAUUUUUUUUUUUUUUUAGAUUAAGCUUGGAAAAACUUACUGUGAGGACAUAACUGCUUCCUCUAUUAGGAUUUUCAUACCGACAUAACUUUUUAACUGGAGUAGUUUCAGUAAUAUUUUAAUUUCUGCUUUCUUCUGAAAUGGGGUUUUUACCUAAGCCAGUCUUUAUGCAAAUGACUAAUUCUGAUCUGAAAUAGUCUCUGGCUUCAAUAAAUAUCACUGUUAGUGAAGAUAUAUUAAUGUUGUAAUUUAAUGCUAGAAAAGACGAAAAGAUAUAUUAUUGUUGUGGCAUAAAAUUUUUUAAAAAAGGCAAUGGAGAAAGAAUUAUGUGAGAGUCAGAUUCAAGGUAUAACACAGUUUAAAGGAACAGAACAUUCUAAUGAAACACUGAAAAUAUCUCAGGGAAAACCUUCUCUCUGUGAAAUCUGUGGAAGAGCAUUCAUAGUACAAAGUGAAUUAAGUGAACAUAAGUUAUUUCACAUAAGAUCAAAAUUUUAUGAGUGCCAAAUUUGUGAUAAAAGAUUUAUUAAAUAUAGUUUACUAAAUUCCCACUAUUGUGUUCAGACAGGAGAAAGGUCAUAUCACUGUGAUAUCACUGAAGAAACAGUGUCUCCAAAUAGUGCCUUAACUACACACAAUGAUACACACACAGGUGAGAUACUAUGUCACUCUGACAUGACAGACUCUCAAAGUAAUGAUUUAACUAGCCAUAAACCUAUUCGCACAGGAGAGAAAUCAUAUGAAUGUCAUAUCUGUGGGAAAAUGUUUAUAUGCAAAGAUAAAUUAUUCCAUCACAAACGCCGUCAUAUAGGUGAAAAACCAUAUAAGUGUGAAAUCUGUGGUAGAAAGUUUUCUAAAAUUUCUUAUCUGGCAUGGCAUCAACGUGUUCAUACAGGAGAGAAACCAUACCAGUGUGAUAUUUGUGGUGAAAAAUUUGCUUAUAAUGGUAGCUACCACAAACACCUGCAUAUUCACACUGAAGAGAAACACCAGUGUCAUGUUUGUGACAAAACAUUUUCCAGUCGUGGUUUUUUAUCGAGUCAUGAACGUGUUCACACAGGAGAGAUACCAUAUGAAUGUGAUAUAUGUGGAAAGGCUUUUUCUCGAAGUAGCAAUUUCACAAGACACAAAUCUCUUCAUUCAGAAGGAGAAUCCCUCCCACCCUGAAAUAUGUAAGAAAAUAUUUUUCCAGCUGAGUAAUUUACAUUAACUCAAACAUAUUUAUAGAGAGUGUUAUUUGUGUUGGAUCAUUUUCUCAAAGAAAUAAUUUAACUGCAUGCAAAAAUCUUCACACAUGAAAAUUUAUGACAUUGCAACGUCGAUGGCAAAAUAUUAUCUACACAUGAUAUAUAUCAUACACAUGUUUGCUCAGAAGAGAGAAAAUAUGGUUGAGUUACAAGUGGAAAAUUCACUUUCUCUUAUAUCACUGCAAUAUUAUACAGCCACAAAGGUAAAUGUUAAAAUAAGGCUGUUAUUUUAAAGCAACUUCAUGAAUAUUGAUAGAAGGAACAUUUACUGGCGGAAUCUGUACUGUGAGAAGAGUCAAAUUUAUUGUGAAGAUCAAUUUGACUGGGACAGCAAACUUUGCUUGUCAGCUUCAUCAACCAAAUAACAGAAAAUGCAUCCACAUUAAACUUAAUACUCUGAUAUUUUUAAUAAAUGCAUUGUUUCUAAGGCAUGGCUAUAUGGCUAAGCAGUUUGACUCACAACCACAUGGUAGCACUUUGAGCAAAUGUCUUCUACUCUUCCUUUAUAUUGGUUGACCCAUACCUUGUGAGUGAAAUUUGGAUGGGCAUCUAGCUGUAGAAUACUUCUUCAAAAAGUCUUAUCUAAUGUGACAUAAAAAUGAUGAUAAAGAAA